AUGCCGCCUACCGAGCUUCCAGCCUCCGGCAACCCGCUAGUCUUCUUCGAUAUCACUCUUGGAGGCGAACCUCUAGGCCGCAUCAAGUUCGAGCUGUUCAACGACGUGGUUCCCAAAACUGCCGAGAACUUCCGCCAGUUCUGCACCGGAGAGGCCAAGAAUAGCGUCGGUCGCCCCCAGGGCUACAAGGGCUCCAAGUUCCACCGUAUUGUGCGUAUCCCUCCACCCCCUCCCUUGCCGAGGGCUGUACCUCUUCGAUCGCCGAGGGGGGGGGAAGGAUGGAAUUCCAAUAUCCCCAUCAAUAUAUCCUUCCUUGCUAACAGGGCAAAUCAGAUCCCGAAUUUCAUGUGCCAGGGCGGCGACUUUCUCAAUGGCGACGGCACCGGCUCCACCACCAUUUGGGGCUUCAAGGCGUUUGAGGACGAGAACUUCAACCUGAAGCACGACCAGCCUGGCCUUCUCUCCAUGGCGAACGCUGGCCCCAACAGCAACGGGAGCCAGUUCUUUAUCACCACAGUCCCAACCCCAUUCUUAGACAACAAGCACGUGGUGUUUGGCAAGGUGGUUGAGGGGAUGGAUAUUGUGAAGAAGAUGGAGGCGACCAAGACCGGGUACCGAGGAAAGGAUGUCCCCAAUAUGGAUAUUGUCAUUUCUCAGUGCGGCGAGAUGUGA